UCAAUGGCAAGAGCAGAGCUGUCUCUUCCCAUUCUCUCCCUUGUCAUACUGCUCAUGUCCUUCAACCCAGGAGGAACUUUGAGGAUUGUGUAUGGACAGAGGACUUGGUGUGUGGCAAAGCCAUCAUCCGAUGAUGCGACUCUUAUAGCCAACAUAAACUAUGCCUGCUCUCAGGUGGACUGCACCAUCUUGCGAAAAGGCUGCCCGUGCUCCUACCCAGACAUUCUGAUUAACCAUGCUUCUGUAGCCAUGAACCUCUACUACCAAUCCAGGGGCAGAAACUCAUGGAAUUGCAACUUCAAGAACUCUGCUCUCAUUGUUGUGACCGACCCAAGUUACGGGAAUUGUAUCUACCCUUGUCAGUAAGAAUAGGAAUCUGCAGCGGAUGUUCACAGAACGGGUUAUAGUGUUGUUCAACUGCCUGUGUUUUCAUCUCAAAUUUCUUUCAUGAAUGUGAUGACUUGAGGCUGAGACCUUCUGGAAGUAGAUUAUUAUCAGUAGAGAAAUAGGUUGUUGAUUUACCUGGAAAGAUUUCUCUUCAUUUUCUUAUUUUCUUCUUAGAAGCAGUUGCAAGGGAUUAGUAUGCCUUAGUUACUCGGAAACUUGUUUCCCCUCACCAACACUGGCGUUUCUUGGUUCCCUUUACAGCAUGCUUCAUGCUUGUAGCUAAAUACUAUUAUUACAUUGUCAUAAGAAGUGAUGUUUUUCA